AUGUUUCUGAUUUCACAUCCCCUUUUACAUUUAUACGACGUUGCUCUCCAUGACUACUUCAGUAUUGAAAAAAGGAACCCCCAUGAAGCCAUACAGACCAAAGUUGCCUCUUCCAUAGCCCACCAAUGGCGCAAUCUAGUAGCGCUCUUAUGA